AUGGUUAAUUAAUUAAAUUUCAAAACUCAGAAGAUAUUGCAAUGGUUUUAAAAAUAUAUAAGUCUUUAUUAGUCGAGAGGAGCACCCAAAAAUCAAGUACUUUACGAUGGAGAUAAAAGAAACUCGAUCAGAACAUACAAUGGUAUCUGCAUAUUAAUAUCCUCACAGACAACUCAAACAACAGACAAGGAUUCAAAAUUGGAUGGGACAUUGAUCAAACCAGGAAGGGCGACUCCAAAAUUGCAGGAAAGGUCGGUCAAGACCAAAGAAACUCGUACAUCCCCUCAUAUCAAGCUCAAACAUUCAUGCCAGUUGCCGAAGUAUUCUAUUACAUAAUCAGUAAAAUCAAGACGAGGAUUACAUGAAGUAGUUAUACAUUCAAGAAAUGAACAAAAAACAAGAGUUGGCUGCAUUGUACAAGCAACCCGACUAGUAUUACCAGGAUGCUUUGGAUAAUUACAACAAUGGAAUACCAUAUUCAAAUAACAAUUACGAACAACCCCAAUUGCUAAAAUAAUCCAACAAAUACGAUCAUUAUCAACAACCAAAUGAUGAUGAGGAACUCUAUUCCAAAGUAUCUUAUUUAUAAUAUAAACAUUUCUAGUAUAAACAAGGAAAUAGUGGUAGCAAAUAGUAGAACACUGGUAAACCGCCAAUGGCCUAAUAUAAUCCUAUCACAGGCAUCGCUUACGAGAAUGCUUAUGCUAAUCAACGGGCUUAUGAGCAAUAGCAAUAAUAGCAGUAGUAGGAUGAUGCCCUCAGUUAAUUUAGUUAAUGUAUCGAAAUGCUUAUCUCCCUUAGUACAAUAACACAAGGUGACUUCGAUGAAGAACAAAACUUCAAAUAUCUUUAACACAGAUAUGCAGGAGACUGAGAACAUUAACAACAAUAGGCAAAAUAGCAGGGUCUUAAAUAAAAGAAAGGAGAUGGAUGAUACUCAAUACAAGGGAUAUGGUAUGAUAUGUGAGUUGAUGGUUCUUUUAGGUUAGUUUUACAAGAAUCCGAUUGAGCCAGUCCAAACCCAAUAUAGAGAGCAGAAGUUCGUUAAUAGGAAUAUGAUUGACAAUGGCAUAUUUCCAAAAUGAUUAUAUAAUUGCAUAAUAAUUAUAUAAAUUAAUUCAAC